AUGGUUUCAAACAAAGGCUUCAAAGCCGCUCUCAUAGUCGUCGACCUCCAAGAAGACUUCUGCCCGCCAGUAAGUCUCCACCUUCCAGCGCGCGCUCAGACCCGCGGCGUUACCAAGGCACAAAAAUCUCCUUUGUCAAACUCUCUGGCAGUGACGGAUGGCCGGGCCAUUGCUCCUGUCAUCAACGACCUCCUGAGGCUUCCAUGGGCCUGCCGCGUAGCGACAAAGGACAUGCACCCGGAAGACCACAUCUCGUUCGCAUCCAAUCAUCCACCGCCGAACAACAAGCCCUUUGAGUCGACAAUCACCAUCUCCAACCCUCACAACCCCGACGAGACGCAAACGACCCAACUAUGGCCAGUCCAUUGCAUCGCUGGCUCGUCAGGCAGUGAAUUGAUCCCCGAACUCGACGUCAGCCAAUUGGAUGACAUCGUAGAAAAAGGACAAGACAAGAGAGUGGAAAUGUACUCGGCCUUCUGCACACCCUUCCUGAAACCAAAGAUCGUCGAAACCGGUCUGGCAAACACAUUGAGAGAAAAGGGCAUCACCCACGUCUUCUGCGUAGGCCUGGCCGCAGAUUUCUGCGUCAAAGCCACCGCCAUCGAUGCUGCCAAAGCAGGCUUCGAGACCGCCGUCAUCCGCGAGGGCACAAAAGGUGUCGAACAAGGCGACGAGGCUGACAGGAAGCUAGCACAAGAGCUAGAAGAGAAUAACGUCAAGAUGGCUGGAAUUGAUGGACCUGAAGUCGCCAAGGUCAGAGACCUACAGUAG